GCUCCAUCUUCUCUCCAAAUAGGCUGCGUUCGGGACCUGAAAAUGUCAAAGACGGAGGUGAAGAAGGAGUCUGAGUCCAGUCCGUCUGAGGCCGCAUGUCUCUGCUCCCCUUCUACCAACAAGAACCAGUGCGCGAGUUGCGGAAUGGACAUCCACGACCGGUACUUGCUCAAGGUGAACAACCUGAACUGGCACUUGGGCUGCUUGGAGUGCUCCGUGUGCAGAGCGUCUCUGCGUCAACACAGCAGCUGCUAUGUCAAAAACAAAGAAAUCUACUGCAAACUGGAUUACUUCAGUAGGUUUGGGACAAAGUGUGCGCAGUGCGGUCGUCAGGUGUUUGCCAGUGACUGGGUGCGGCGGGCUCGGGGCAGUGUGUACCACCUGGCUUGCUUUGCCUGUUUCUCCUGUAAAAGGCAGCUGUCCACUGGAGAGGAGUUUGGGCUGGUGGAGGGCAGGGUGCUCUGCCGAAACCACUAUGACACCAUGCUGGACAACUUGCGACGGGCUGCUGAAAAUGGCACAGGUCUAACACUGGAGGGAGCCCUGCCCUCAGAUCAGGACUGUCAACCUAAACCAGCCAAGAGGGCUCGCACCUCCUUCACCGCAGAGCAGCUGCAGGUCAUGCAAACGCAGUUUGCCCAAGACAAUAACCCUGAUGCUCAGACGUUGCAGAAGCUGGCAGAGCUGACAGGGCUCAGCAGGAGAGUUAUACAGGUCUGGUUCCAGAACUGUCGUGCCCGGCACAAAAAGCAGCCUCCGCAGAGCAGCUUCCCUCAAGGCGCUCCUCUGACGCGCUUGCCUCCAUCUCUGCCCGACGACGUGCACUACUCUCCCUUUAGCAGCCCCGACCGACCGCACCUCCUGGCCCUGCAUGGAUACUUAGACAGUCACUCUUUCUCUGUCCUCGCCGCCCCGGGACACUUAACCCAUCCUCCCAUCUCCCUACCACAGCUCCCCAUCAGCCGCUGACAACCUUCAUGUUUUCUACUUUACCACUACAUUUUGGACCUACCUGUUUAUAAGCUGACUGGAAUUCUGAACCAUGGGCCACAAUUGGUUGAACUUUGAGCAUAUAGACUGCAGAGACCAGAAGUCGGCAAAAACAACCAACGGGACCACAUGAGUUUACUUCCUUUGGUGAUGGGGCAUUUCAUUCGGUAAAGAACUAUUCAUUUAUUUCAUGCACAGUGUAAAUCACUGAAAUGUGAGCUUUGAAAAGAGUAAGAGGAAUGCCACAGCAGUAUUUAGACCUCAGCAUUUUUUGUAUUGGUGAGUACACUUUUAGCAUUGCUAUUUGUUGUUAUGUUGUUGUCAAAUGAAAAUGCUAAUUUAUUAUCAAACUCACGAAAGCACUUUUAAAUGUGACAAUAUGUGAUUGUACCUUAUACUUAUGUCUGAAGGUAAUAAAAUGUUC